UGCAGUGCAGGGAAAUUCCAAUUCAAAAUUCCCAUUCCACCCACCCCGUUCAGUCCACUCCAAAACACCUCCUCUGGUCUGCGGCGCACUUUCAUCUUCUUCUUCCAACAGACAAUUCACCAUCGGGAGUCCCAUCGUGUGAACAUAGAUUCACGCAAAGUACGGGCUCUGCCCGCUAGGCGGCCUCGACCGACUCCCACAUUCCGCACACCAUCAUCCCUCCGAGCGCAGCAGCACCACACAUCUCCAAAAUCAUGGCGACCGUCAGCGCUCCCAGAGACUCCCUCAUGGCCGAUCGAUCACAGGCCUCACCCGCAGCUUCGCAGACGUCGUCAGUAGUCGGAUCCCCGGAAUCGUACCCAGUCAAGCAGAAUGGAAUCGCGGUGCCCAGCACCGAGAGUCUCAAUGGGAAUGGUAAUGGGCACGCUGCGCCACCUUCCGAGCCACAGAAAUCGACCCUUGUAUCACAACCUCCUCCAGAGAAACCGUCGAUGACAAAGCGGCUCACUCGAAUGUUCUCCACGAAAGAUGCUAUGAGAUCGGAAAAUAGUAUAAAUUCGAUGUCGACGGCGAAUAGCCAGGCUCCUCUCCAACCACAAGAACCGAAAGCCGCAGCACGACGACCCAGUCCUCCGGCGCGCAAAUUCUCCUCGACAGACAAAGCAACCGCAAAGGCGGAGAAGGUCGAAAAGACAAUCACGACGCCCGCCAAAGAUAAGAAAUCUGCGGGGCAGGUUGCGAUCCAUCAGCGAUUCAUCCUAAACCCCGACAUUCAAGGCGGCCAUGAACAUCACCUCAAGAGCGCAAAGAGGCAGGAGAAGCUGUCGGACAUGCUUAGGAACGUCAUCAGUGGCAAGACAAAGAAUCCAGAUCAUGCACACGAGGGCGAACAACAGUUGUCGUUGAUGUCGAGCUGGGUCGAUCAAUUGAAGAGUGAACGAGACAGUUUGGCUUCCGACAAGAAGGGAGGACCCAAUGCUACAGCGACGCUUGUCGAGAAAUAUGGCAAAUGUCAAGAGAUCGUCGGACGUGGUGCUUUCGGAAUCGUGAGAAUAUCCCACAAGCGGACAGAGAAUGGCACUGGAGAGCAAUUGUACGCUGUCAAGGAAUUCCGCCGUCGCCCGGAGGAAAACGAGAAGAAGUACAGCAAGAGACUCACUUCGGAGUUCUGCAUAUCUUCAUCGUUACGACACCCCAACGUGAUUCACACUCUCGACCUCCUACAGGACUCGAAAGGCGACUACUGCGAAGUCAUGGAAUUCUGUGCUGGUGGUGAUCUGUAUACGUUGGUUCUGGCAGCUGGCAAGCUGGAAGUCGCCGAAGCAGACUGCUACUUCAAGCAAAUGAUGCGAGGUGUGGAAUACAUGCACGAGAUGGGAGUUGCACACCGAGAUCUGAAGCCAGAGAAUCUGCUUCUCACGACCCGCGGCUCAUUGAAAAUCACCGACUUUGGAAAUGGCGAAUGUUUCCGUAUGGCUUGGGAGCAAGAUGCACACAUGGUCACUGGUCUUUGCGGUUCGGCUCCCUACAUCGCACCAGAAGAAUACAUCGACAAAGAGUUCGAUGCUCGGGCCGUCGAUGUCUGGGCUACUGGUGUGAUUUAUAUGGCCAUGCGAACUGGUCGUCACCUCUGGCGUGUUGCCAAGAAGGAAGAAGAUGAGUUUUAUGAACGGUAUUUGGAGGGUCGACGAGACGAGGAAGGAUAUGCUCCUAUCGAGUCGUUGCAUCGGGCUCGCUGCCGCAACGUCAUCUACAGCAUCCUCGAUCCCAACCCCACCCGUCGUAUCACCGCCUCCCAAAUCCUGAAGUCAGAAUGGGGCAGAGAGAUAAAGCUCUGCAAAGCCGGCGAGGAAGGUCUCUGACGUUAGUAGUACGAGCACGAAAGUUACGUCUACCAUCUCCAGGACAAUCCAAACAGCUUUCACCUUGCUCGAGAACCCACACCCACAAAAUCAGUGUGAGCACUUUAGCAUGGCUUGUGGAUGGGCCGCCGGACGGGAAUUAUUGAAGCACAGGUGUUACAGGCGUUUUCCCUUCUUUUCCACUCUCUUGCUUGCUUUGUUUAAUAGGUGUUGUGGCGAAUUAAAUCAGGGCAAUUAUCGAAACAGGGGAAGUCAAACUCAGUACCCUCGAUUGGGCAAACGGUCGCUUGGGUUUGGG